UUUAUUGGAUGGUGUAAAUGGAUCACAUAAUGCUCUUAAAAUCCUGCCACAAGUCAGUGGUUUCCACUGAUCUGAUGCAGACUGAAGGUGUUUAAUAUCUUGUAGUGAUGUGCUUAUCAGGAUGUUAAUAAUAAAGUAGACACAGGCAGAUAAUGCAGUUCUCCAUCUCAUAGAUAUGAGAAAACAAUAUCUAAUUAUCAAUGAGCAGUUGGUCAUGUUCCCAUGAUCGUUUUCUCAGUGUUGUUUUUUUAAUAAUACAUUAAGGAAGGAAUGCAACUUUUACAAUGUUUGAUACUUUUUUCUCUCAUACAUUUUAGUGUUAAGAUGGCAGAAUAACCAUGGGAGACUGGAAUUUCCUUGGAGGCAUUUUAGAGGAGGUCCACAUUCAUUCCACUAUUAUUGGAAAGAUUUGGCUAACGAUCCUCUUUGUAUUCCGAAUGCUUGUCCUCGGAGUGGCAACCGAGGAUGUUUGGAAUGAUGAACAAUCAGAAUUUAUAUGCAAUACUGAGCAGCCUGGUUGCAGAAAUGUGUGCUAUGAUGAGGCCUUUCCCAUCUCUCUCAUAAGAUAUUGGGUCUUGCAGGUUAUAUUUGUGUCUUCCCCUUCUUUGGUGUAUAUGGGUCAUGCCUUAUACAGACUAAGAGCCUUGGAAAAAGAGAGGCAAAGAAAGAAAGCCCAGGUAAGGGUGGAACUUGAAAGCACUGAAUUAGAAAUGACUGAAAACCGUAAAAGACUGGAGAGAGAACUCCGGCAGUUGGAUCAAAGAAAGCUAAAUAAAGCACCCCUAAGAGGCUCUUUGCUCUGCACUUAUGUGAUACAUAUUUUCACAAGAUCUGCAGUGGAAGUUGGCUUUAUGAUUGGGCAGUAUCUUCUUUAUGGUUUUCACUUAGAUCCCCUUUAUAAAUGUCAGAGAGACCCAUGUCCAAACACAGUUGACUGCUUUGUAUCUAGGCCAACAGAAAAGACAGUGUUUAUAUUAUUCAUGCAAUCAAUAGCGACUGUAUCACUGCUUUUAAAUAUUCUAGAAAUUAUCCACUUAGGAUUCCGAAAAAUUAAAAUGGGACUCUGUGAGCAGAAUAAAAACAAGGAUGACUAUGAUAAUUUUUACAUAAACAAAUCCAAGAAAUACUCUGUGAUACCACACUCUUCUUUGGAAAUACCCACCACCCCUCAGAAAACACUUCCUUGUGCUCUUAGCAGUCAUACCUUUUUGAUGGAAAAGCAAACUGACACUAUGCUCUACCCAGUUUUAAAUUCUCCUUCUGUGUUUCAGUCUGUGCAAAAUGCUUGUACAGAAAGCAGCAGCAAUUACACCCACUGCAAUCAGGGAAGUAAAUCUCCAAAGAAGAGGCCAGCUACAAAUGCUUUAGACAAUCAGACUCAAAAUGCUAGCACAAAUAACAACGAAGGCUUUCUUGGCCAGCUUUGGACUGAGAUGCAUGAUGCACAAGAAGAGGCUGAAAAGAAACAUUUUCUUCUUGUUACUCAGAAUGCAGAUACAGCUUCAACCUUUUACUUGAGAAGCUUUGCUGAGAUGCCAUCUCAAACAUCAUUGCAACCUGGUACAACUUUUCCUAGUACCAGUUUUAGACAACAGGCACUGGCUGAGAGCACAGGAGCACCAACAAAUUCUCUUCUGAAGAACAAUGACAGAAGACAAAGCAGUUUCAGUGUGAACAAAGCCCAAAUUCCUUACAAUGCUGAUGUAAAAAAUUCCAGCCGACCAGACACUUCUGAUUCUAUGGGGGUGGUGAGCUCAGAAUUUACACAAAGCAGAAACAGAAAUAGUCCUAAGCUUUUCUCUCCAUCUAGGCAACAGUCACUGACAAGUAAUGCCAGCAAUAGGCGUGCCCCCACUGAUCUUCAAAUAUAGUGUGAGUUAACCCUUGAGCUGCACUAACCAAUGCUGGGAUAAUUCCUGAACAGAAACAUAAUCCAGACCCAUGUGUAAGUGUAGUAAAGAAUUCAACUUUAACCAGCUGCUUACAUAGAAAAGUUGUGUACCCUUUGAAUAGUAGCUAAGUAAUUUUAAACAGUCUCUUUUCUUCCUUUGUAAUGAAAAUGUGGCAUAGACCUCAGUGUAUAAACUUCUACACUCAGCUAAAAAGAAAAACAUACAUCCUCUCAAUCCACAUAUUAGAAAAAAGUCAGGCAUAAAAUCACAGCUGAUACUAUUUACACUGAGUAAAAGUAGAAGAAAAAAUUUACAGUCUAAUGAUAUUUCUUACAAAGACCAGUAAAUCAAAUUAGGCUAAAGAUGGCACUGGUGCUCUCAGAAGAACUUAUUGGUAAACAUGUUUCCACUUAAUUGGUCUGGGAAUUCAAACAGACAUUUGAUAGCUGACCGAAAGCAGAACAUCAAACAUAUUCCACUGUUCAAACUGUGGGAAAUACAAAGAGAAGAAACAUUACAAAACAGAUCACUAAUUCUUUGACUACGUGGUACACUUUUUUUUCAGUGUAUCGCCACUGACUUCCUCAGCAGAAAAAUUGUGAAUUUCUUAUAAUAUACUGACAGAAUUCAAUACACUACUACA